AUGUGGUUAAGAUCUACCUCGAAUUCCCGCUCCCAACUCUUGCCAACUCAUAUCUCUUCUCCAACUGGUAAAACAAGUGAAGUGACCAGAGGGAAGCAAGAAACUACCAUGCGCAAUGGCUAG